AUGAUUUUUAAGAUGAAUACCUACCUUGGCGAUAAAUCCAAUUCAUCAAUACCUGGAUAUUUGAAAGGGUCUGCACUAAACAAUGGCAAUCUUUCUGCAAACAGCUCCAAUGAGACAGCAAGCAACCUGGAUUCACCUGCCUUGGAUAUCAGCAGGGCGAUAAUUGUGGGGCUUAUCCUAGGUGCCUUUAUACUCUUUGCCAUUAUAGGUAAUAUCUUGGUAAUUCUCUCUGUUGCUUGCAAUAGACAUUUAAGAAUCCCUACAAACUAUUUCAUAAUUAACCUUGCAAUUGCAGAUUUGUUGCUGAGUUUUACUGUCCUUCCGUUCUCUGCUACACUGGAAAUCCUUGGGUACUGGGUUUUGGGGAGGAUAUUUUGUGAUAUCUGGGCAGCAGUUGAUGUGCUAUGCUGUACAGCUUCUAUUUUAAGUCUAUGUGCGAUUUCUAUAGAUAGAUAUAUAGGGGUACGCUAUUCUCUCCAGUAUCCAACUUUGGUAACAAGAAGAAGGGCAAUUUUAGCUCUUCUAGGUGUCUGGGUCCUCUCCAUGGUGAUUUCUAUUGGGCCUCUUUUGGGCUGGAAAGAACCAGCACCCAAGGACGACAAAGAGUGCCGUAUCACUGAAGAACCGUUCUAUGCUUUGUUUUCUUCCUUGGGGUCAUUUUACAUUCCUUUAAUCGUCAUCCUCGUGAUGUACUGUCGGGUCUACAUAGUGGCAAAAAGGACUACUAAAAACCUGGAAGCUGGGGUUAUGAAAGAAAUGUCCAACUCCAAGGAGCUGACUUUACGGAUUCAUUACAGGAACAUUCAUGAGGACACAUUAAACAGCACCAAAUCCAAGGGUCACAAUCCCAGGAACUCCUUAGCUUUCAAACUUUUAAAAUUCUCUAGAGAAAAGAAGGCAGCCAAGACGCUGGGAAUUGUGGUUGGCAUGUUUAUCUUGUGCUGGCUACCUUUCUUCAUUGUUCUGCCACUCGGAUCUCUGUUUUCGGCUCUGAAGCCCCCUGAAACGAUCUUCAAGGUGAUUUUUUGGCUUGGCUACUUUAACAGCUGCUUGAAUCCAAUCAUCUACCCCUGCUCAAGCAAAGAGUUCAAGAGGGCUUUUAUACAGAUCCUAAAAUGCCAGUGCCAUCGUCGAAAGCAGUUGGGGUGGUGGGCCUACAGCUACAGAAACUGGAAUCGGUGCUCCUUUGAACACCCUAGAAAGGACUCUCUGGAAGACAGCGGGAGUUUCCUAAGUGGCAGUCAGAGGACAUUGUCUUCAGCAUCUCCCAGCCCCGGCUACCUGAGCAAAAUCACUCACCCACAUAUGGAGAUGUGCACAUUCCAGGAAUGGAAAAACUCCAGCUCUUUCCUGAGCCCCUUAGAGGAAGACAGCAGACAAAAGGACCCAUGCCAGUUCUUUACCUUUAAUCUCUUAACAGAGCGCAAUGGACAUGUUCCUGCUGGCAGCCAAGCUUCUAGCAAUCGGGACCAUGAGGCCAUCUGUGACACACUGAAUGGGAAAACCAACUGUAGAGCAAACAUGACGCUGGAAUGA